AGUGAGUGUGCAACUGGAAAGGGUACACUACUCUGUUCAAGACUGUUCUGUUCCAGUUGAACAAAACAAAGCAGCGGCUUUAUCAACAUUGUUUCAGCAAUGGAAGGAGUAGUUAUACGGCAUUGGGUGGAAACGCCAAUACGUUAUCAGGAGCAUUUUGCUGAUCAAGAUUUGGAUGCGUGCAAACUAAACCACUCUCUGUAUGCCUUGCCAGGCCUAGCCUCAGCCACUCAGACAAAGAAUAUACAUACAGUCAAGAGUACUGCUGAAAAAGAGCAGAACCAUACAGAUGAAGAAAAGCCUAAAUUUCAAGUCUUACUAGAUGUUGUGCAGUUCCGUCCUGAAGAUGUUAUCAUUCAAACCUUUGAAGGCUGGCUCCUGAUCAAAGCUCAGCAUGGACCCAGGAUGGAUGAACAUGGCUUUAUAGCCAGAAGCUUUACUAGACAAUACAAAUUGCCAGACAGAGUUGAAACAAAAGAUCUGAAUGCUCUUUUCUGUCAUGAUGGCAUUUUGGUUAUUGAAACUAAGACCCUGAGCAAGAAAUGAAUUAUAGACUUUUUGUUACUGGUGAGACAAUAUUGUUCCUACUAUAGCUUAAGCAAUUAUGUACUGUGGUGCUCUGCAUGCAGAACUGCAUUUACAAUGAAGAUAAAGACAAGCCUUUGCAUAUUUUACCCAGUUUGAUUGUUUGAUGUGAAAGACAGUAUUUGCUCCCAACAGCUGCUGAUGUACGGACAUUCAUAACAAGGCUAUCUGACAGAACAGCAUGAAGGCUUGAAAAGAUGUACAAGAUGGAUGCAAAAGAAUGUGUAAAGGGAAGGUUUUACUAAAGAACAGCAGAAACAGGAAGCUGCAUUUGGAAUCUGAAGGCACUUGUAUUCAAGAGGCAAAAGAUUUAAGCCUAGAGCAUACUUUUUAUUGAAAUAGGAUUUUCAUGCUGGAAACUGCUGCAUUAUUAGCACUGUGGUCAUGAUCCGAAGAAGUAAUUUGUGUAUAAGUAAACCAACCAGACAGGUGGACCUCUCUUUAAAGUUUGCCCUAUAGCAACUAUAACAACUCCUACUCCUGAAGAGGUAAAUCAAUUUCUAAACCGAACAUUAACUUCUCAGUCCCAGAUAUAUUAAUAUACUGUAUUGAACAAUUGAUCUUCAAAGUGUUUUUUUUCUCCAGCAAAGAUUUGUUAUAUAUGCUCUUCUAAAUACUUCAACAUUCUGCUUUUGGGAGAACAGCAGCUGUGUAAGUAAGUCUGCUCCUUUCAAGUGUAGUUAAAAUAAGUAUGACUGCUGAGCUAUGAAUAGUAAAGGAAUUCAAAGGAGAAAGAGCCAAGCUAAAUACAGGCUCUCGUUAUGGGCACCUGUCAUUUGGAAACAUUAAAAGAUAAAAUAUUGUUGCAAUUUAUCUAGAUGCUUUUUAAUUUCAUUACAUUACCUGGACUAAGACUGUUGAUGCAAAAGAAUGCCAAAUCAGCUCUUGCCAUCAGCUACAUGCACUGUUGGAGGACUUAAUUGGGGGGAUGGGAAGGAGAAAGGAGUGCCUAAACCAGCCCCCAAGACUACAUCCCCAUAUCUAUGAGGUGAUCAGUAUUGUCACUGUUUUGGAAGCAUGCUUGGAAUGAACCACAGUUGCAAACUGAUUGCUGUCUUGAAAUUCUAUUCUGUCUCCACCUCAGCAGCCUUUUAUACUCCCAGCAGGAUGAUGCAUAUAUAAACACCUCUUUCUUUGUGUAUCAUUAGCUGGAUCAGGUUAAUUUUAAGUUUAAGAUCUGCAAAUUGCUCAGAAUUUAUGAAGGCAAACAUGCAUCUGCAACCAUACAAAAUGGGGAAAGCAACUGAGUAACUUAAGAGUAACAACAACAAGAAACAGUAGAGAAUACUAUAGUGCUUCCAAGCAGGGGCUUAAUCUGCAAACAGGUUGUGGAGAGAUCACAAAUGGGCUGUUGGGAGCAAACUUUAAAAAAAAACUUUUUUGAUCUUCUCCAGAAAGGAAAAAUCUGAAUUAAAUCAGGGUAGGCAUUUUUUAUCCCUCUUUGUUUCUCUUUAUGUAUUUCCAUAAGUCAUUACAUUUUGGGGGGGACCAAUAUUAAAUGAUAAUCUCAAAACAUUUUAUGAAAUAUCUGCAACUGGAUUUCCAAGGGUUGAUAUAUUACAGCAGGAAUGUCCAACCAGUAGAUCAUGAUCUACCGGUAGAUCCCCGGCUGAUCAUGGUAGAUCGUGGGAUCCUUAUCGUGUACAAAAAGUUACGGGGGGGGGGAGCUUAAAAAACCCUGUGCAAUCCACGUCAAAAUGCAAGUAGAUAAAUAGGCACCCUCCCUUCAGAUGUGAAGGAAAUAAGCAGCUAUCCUAUCUUUAAAAGACAUCUGAAGGUAGCCCUGUUCAGGGAAGUUUUUAAUAUUUAAUGAUGUACUGUUUUUAACAUUUGAUUGGGAGCCGCCCAGAGUGGCUGGGGAAACUCAGGCAUAUGGGCAGGGUAUAAAUAAUAAAUUAUUAUUAUUACUAUUACCGCUCCGGCGGGAAGGUAAACGGCAUUUUCAUGCCCUGCUCUGGUUCGCCAGAAGUGGCUUGGUCAUGCUGGCCACAUGACCUGGAAGUUGUACGCUGGCUCCCUCGGCCAAUAAAGCAAGAUGAGCGCCGCAACCCCAGAGUCAUCCACGACUGGACCUAAUGGUCAGGGGUCCCUUUACCUUUUUUAAUCCUCUCCCGAAAAAAGCUCAACAACUCUGGGCAAUCCACCCACCCCACGCACACUCCUCCUCCCUCCAAUGACAAUGGGUAGAUCACCCAGUUUUUUAAAAUACUGGGAGUAGAUCAAAGUCUCUUGAGAGUUGGAUGUCCCUGUAUUACAGUAUAAGUGUACAUGUGACACUUUCUAAUCUGAUGAGACACAGUUAUGAGAGGUCUGUAAAAAGCACCACUAUUGCUCAUAAGCAGCACUGUGACAUUUUAUGAGUUCCAUAUCACUGCAUGACAUACAUAGUUUAAGGCACAGUCUGACACAGUGAUAGUCUUUUGAAAGUAUGUGUUUGCUUUCUUCAAGUGCCUGGGCUGAUGGAUGCCAUUGUAUAAAUUGCAAAGCAGAUGUCAUCAAGCCAUAUUAAACUUCCUAAGCAGCUUAUAUUUAUAAGCAAUCACAAAAACUGUUCCUGACAGUAUAUUGUUUCUGCAUGUUAUACUAAGUAAUUAGAAAAUAUUUUCUUUUAAAGUUCUUAAGGCCAGUGAACAAUAAUGCUCCCCAUUCCAAAAGUAUCGUCCUUCAAACCUUAUGAACAGCAAGAUUAGAUAGUCAAAACCACCCAGUGAACAAAAUGUUUACCAGGCACUUCUAUUUUUAGUUCAGCAUGAAGUAAAUCACAUGAGGUUUCCCUUCAAAUUAAAAGACAUACAUUGUGUACUUAACCUUAUUAAACUUUCACAUUUUAUUCACAACUGUUGAGAGCCUUGCCUCCUAUCAUCUGUUACCCCCCAAGGGAAGGCCUUUUUUGGCUUGGAGAAAGUGGGGGCAGAGUGGCAAAGAGAACCUGACACCAAAAUCUCAGACACAUUGGUAGAAUAAAAACCUAAAGGUGGAUAACUUAGAAAAAGAUGUUUUUCGUUUUGUUUCUCCAUCUUCCACUAACUUAAGUAGACAUCUAUUCAUAGAAAUCAAACAAAAUUAUUUGCACACAAGACUUAAGUAUUUCAAUCAAUGAGUUUAGCACUUUGAACUGAAAGAUACUUCACAACAGAUUUUUUAGUAAAUCAAGCCUUUUCACAGUUCUGAUUCUUGGAACUGAAGCUAGUGUUAUCUGCAAAAUUCACAUAUUAAUCUGAUUAGCAUGGAAAAGGAAGUGACUUUAAAUGUAUUUC